AUGGCGGACCCCGGCCCCGUCGCGGCGUCGCUAUGGCUGGACGACGCGCUCGAGUCCCCUCUCGAGCUCGACGGAGUCAUCACGCUUGUCGACGCAGCUGUCCACGCCCACCGCCAGCUACACACCGUCGAGUGCUCCCGGCAGAUCGCCUCGGCAGACACACUCGCGGGCGUCGACCUCGACCGGCUCUGCGCGCGGCUGCGGGCGAUCAACGCGGUCGCGCCGCAGCUGCGCGCGUCGCACUCGCAGCUGCCCGUCGCUUCGAUCCUCAACCGCAGAGCCUACGCGCGCGAAGGGCCUCCGCCGCUAGACGCCGAGGACGCACCCGCGUAUUCCGACCAGCGCUCGAGAGGACACGUCUUCAAGCGAGCACCCUCUUUUCUCCUACCCAAUCCUCUGGAGGCAGCGCACGAACCCCGCAAGGCUUCUGCACACCCCGUUGGUCGACCCGCGAUGCAGGCCUCUCCUGCCGCGCGCGCCGGGGUUGCGACCGCGACGGCGCGGCGGGCGGUCGGCGCAGGUCCGGCAUGCGGCGAGUGCGAGGAGGAGGAGGAGGCGGAGGCGGGCCGGGAGGAGGGUGCGCCGCGGGUGGCGCAGGGCCGCGCCGCGCCCACUUCGCCCGUUUCUUCCCCCGUCUCGCUGCACGCCGACCGCCGCUUCGGCACGGCGGCGGGGCCGGCCGACGCGGUCGAGGUGUACCGCGCAAAGGGGGAGUUGGCGGUGGCGGACGAGGAGGUGGGGGGCGUGGUCGCGAGAUACACGCUGCAGGCCGUGCAUGAGACCUGGGAGCUGGAGCGCGGCCGGCCUUGGGGUGAGGAGGAGGUGGCCGAGAGCCGACUCGUCUUCAUCGGCCGCAACCUCGACGAGGCGACCUUGCGCGCAAUGCUGCUGGCGUGUGUGGCGUGCGAGACCGAGAGGCGGUCGUGA